AUGAAUUGUCUACUCUGGAACAUUCGAGGAAUAGGCAAAGGGGAAAAAUCGUUAUCAAUUAGACAUCUUGUCAAGAAGAAAAAGGUGUCUUUUAUGGGCCUAGUAGAAACAAAACAUCGAAAACCCUUUCAGCCUAGAUUAAAAAGGUUAUGGGGGCAUGAUGAAUAUGAUUACUGUGAGAUAUUUGCCUCUGACACACAUGGGGGUGGACUUAUUGCCGUAUGGGACAAACAAAGCUUCCAGGCCUCAGCCAAACAUAUGGGAGGUAGAUGGAUCCUCAUUGAAGGGCGAAUCAAUAAUGACAAUUUUGAGUGCUGCAUUGGGGUAAUCUACGGGCAUAAUGAUAGAUUAAGUAGACUGGCUAUGUUUGAGGAGCUCAAAGUGAAGGCGGGUAAUAUCAACAAACCCAUUCUGGUACUUGGCGACUUUAAUGUUACAAUACAUUCAGGGGAAAGAACAGGAGCCGUCACAUGUAUCCGUAGUAUGAGAGACUUCUCAGAGUGGAUCAAUGACUUAAGAUUGCUUGACAUUCCGCUUCAUGGGGUAAGAUUUACCUGGAGAAGGAACGAAUCCAAAAGCAGACUGGAUAGAGCCUUAUGUCAUAAUGAAUGGUUGACAAGAUUUCCGAAUAUGAACUUGGUGGGCCUUAGUAGAAGCUUCUCAGACCAUAAUCCUAUACUUCUACAGCUCGAAGUGUGCAAUAACUGGGGCCCCAAACCGUUCAGAUGCUAUGAUGCAUGGUUCCUACACCCGAAUUUCAAAAAUUUCAUUAUCGAUGAAUGGCAUAGAGCCCCUAAUGUGCCUCUACACACCAAGUUAAAGAUCUUGAAAACCCCCAUUCGAACUUGGCGCAGGGAAAAUUUUGAUCACAUGGACAACAGAAUUGCUGAUCUUGAAAAGGUGAUACAUGACCUCGAAAGGGAAAGUGAGGGGAGAACGCUUGAGAAUAUGGAAGUGGCUAGACUGAACGCUGCAACUAGUGUCCUCCACCAAUGGCUCAUUAGAAGGGAGAGAAUCUGGAGGCAAAGAGCAAGAACAUAUGGCUUCAAGGCAAAGGACCACAACACAAAGUUCUUUCAUGCUGCAACCAUGUUCAAAAAAAAAAAGGAAGGAAAUCAACCAGAUAGAAAUCAAUGGUAG